AUGGUGGAAAAUGAUGGGGAAAUCGGAAGCGGUGCCAGCAGUAAAACAUAUAGAGAGAUACAUAGAGAUGUCAUGGAAAGCAAGGGUUUUGUUAAACUAGUUAGUGAGUUGUGUACCUUAUGCGGUGUUGAUGGUUGUGUGAUAGUGUGUGGACCAUACGGAGAUCUAAAACCAGAAAUAUGGCCAACAGAUCAACCAGAAAUGCAGCAUGUAUUGAUGAAAUUCAACAGCAUGUCCUUGGAGGAACGAAACAAGAAGACAACGAAUCACCGAUCAUUCUUGAAUAAGCAGAUUACUAAACUUGAUGAAAAAUCGCGGAAACAGGAAUUCAAAAAUCGUAAUGAGGUGCUCGGUAGAAUUGUGAGGGAAGCUCUGAAUGGUAAGUGCUCUCCUGUAAAUCGUAGUGAUUUGGCUGAUUUAAGAAUGUUAAUUGCAUGA